GAAGCCCAGGUAUGAGGCUGUUGGCCAGCGGGGUUCGGAUCUGUUCGCAAGUGCGUUUUUCUGUUUUUCCUCUAAUGGCCUUGAGUCGGCUUUCCUUGGCCUCUCUUCCUACGGAGUUUCCCGUCUCACUUGUUUUCUGCUCCCUCUCCAACUUUGUUCACGACACUUCCCUUGUUUUGCUAGCCAAUUCUUAGAUCCUUCACCUUCAGUUCGCUUGGAUCAAUUUCCUCCACCUUUGAUGCAGUUGAGGACCUCUUGUCGUGGUCAGAUUUCACAGGCCAUCAUGGCAGUCAAGUGGACUGGUGGACAUUCUUCUUCAGUCCUUUGCCUGAAUGCAAAUAAAGACGGGCUGGUGGCUUCAGGAGGAGAGGGUGGAGACCUUGUGGCUUGGGGUGAAGAUGGGACCCCAUUAGGACACAUGCAGUUGGAAGGGGCUGAUGAUGUUUCCAGCGUCUUGUUUUCUGCCUCCUGCCCCACCAAGCUCUAUGCUUCCCAUGGAGAAACCAUCAGUGUACUAGAUGUCAGGUCUCUUAAAGAGUCCCUGGACCACUUUCAUGUGAAUGAGGAAGAAAUCAAUUGUCUUUCAUUAAAUGAAACUGAAAGUCUGCUGGCUUCUGCUGAUGACUCUGGGGCAAUCAAAAUCCUGGACUUGGAAAAGAAGAAAGUUACCAGGUCCCUGAAGAGACAUUCCAACAUCUGUUCCUCUGUGGCUUUUCGACCUCAGAGGCCUCAGAGCCUGGUGUCAUGCGGCCUGGAUAUGCAGGUAAUGCUGUGGAGUCUUCAAAAAGCCCGUCCUGUCUGGAUUACAAAUUUACAGGAGGAUGAAACAGAGGAAACGGAAGGCCCCCAGACCCCUGGCCGGCUCCUAAACCCCGCACUAGCCCACUCCGUCUCUGUAGCGUCCUGCGGCAAUAUUUUUAGCUGUGGUGCAGAGGAUGGUAAGGUGCGCAUCUUCAGGGUGAUGGGAGUCAAAUGUGAGCGAGAACUGGGGUUUAAGGGUCACACUUGUGGGGUAUCCCAGGUCUGCUUUCUGCCCGAGUCCAGUCUGCUGCUUACUGGAGGGAAUGAUGGGAGGAUCAGGUUGUGGGAUGUGAGCGGUAAGAUGGAGAAGCCGCAGAAGAGCCCUGCGAAGCACAUCCACAGGAAGAAAGCAAAGAGGGCAGCGUGCCCCACGCAGGGUGGGAACUCUAGAGCCCUGGGAGCCGAGGAUGAGGGGCAUGCAAAGAUUCUGCCGAAGCUCGAUAUUGAACACGGAGAAAAAGUGAACUGGCUUUUAAGUACAAAACUGAAAGGGAACAAAAGCAUAUUAGUGGCUGAUCAGACAAGUUGUGUGUCUGUGUAUCCCCUAAACGAGCUUUAGGUCCAAUAAAAUACAUUGCAAA